CGGUGUGGAGAGGGGGGCUGGAAGUGGAAUGAAGUGGAGGGGGGAAUGCUCUGGUGUGAGUGGUUAAAAGGAGCAGUUGCUACAAGUCUCAGCAACAAAGCCAGCAAAACUUUCAGAGAAAACUUCAGACAGGAGGAGCUUAAAGCUUCCACACUAUUCUUCUCAUUACAUAGAUUAUUGUUUUAUGUUUUAAAUUUGAAUAAAAACAUUCCUGUUUCUGGCCGUCUGAUCAAGUAGCUCUGUCUUUAUAGUAGAACCAGGCGGGUGACAGAUCUACUGGACUUCUCAUAGUAAGAUGGAAGACAUUGAAAACUAUACCGCUCUGCAAGAGUUUACAGAGGAUGUCUCUCAUAGUGGGAACAAACCUAUACUCAACACAUUACAGGGAAAACAAGGUGUUUAUAAAGGGAUAAACUGUUUGAGAGGGCAGACUUCUCUUGUCCUGUUUGUCGGACUAUUGGCCUCAGUUUGCGCAAACAUAGCACUCGGUGUCCUCUUAGUAAACAGUGCCAGAUCAUCUCCCACAGCAGAGUCAGCCAGGAGUGAAGAAUCUAAAGCUGCCUCUCUUUCUCUCAAACUCACUGCUAUGCAAGAACGCUUCUCCCGUCUUUGCUCUGAAUACACAACUCUUGGACAGACAUGUUCUAAACCAGUGAUCCAGUGUAGGCCAUGUCCAGAGGCUUGGCUGCAUUUAGAAGGGAGGUGUUAUUUCUUUAGUGAGGAUAAACUUGACUGGAAGCACAGCAAAGAGGGCUGUGCAUCCAUGGGCGGCCAUCUAACUAUACUGCACAGCCAUGAACAACACCACAACCUGGAAAGUGUUGCACGCAACCGUGGUGGACUUGACUAUCACUUCUGGAUUGGUUUAUCAGACUCUGAGACUGAAGGGGUGUGGAAAUGGGUGGACGACACAGUUGUUAAUAAGACAUUCUGGAGUGAUUGGCACGAAGAGCCGAAUAAUCACCAGUCGGGUGGGAUUCAUGGAGAAGACUGCGCAGUGCUGGACUCGCGCUCCAAAACUUGGUUCGAUGUGCCCUGUGAUUUCAAUUACAAACGUAUCUGUGAGAUGGAUCCAAUCACCAUCGACGUGUAAAAGUGCGCAAAAUGUAUUUAAAAAAAAUAAAAAUACAUUUGGUAACACUUUAUUUUACGGUGCCACGUGCCCUUGUUACACAUGUUACAUGUAUUUACUAUAGUAUUUACAAUAAACUAUGCAUAAUUACAUGUAACUGACCCCGAACCUAACCAAAACCCUAUUACAUGUAGUUAAUGUUUAUUACUCAGUACUUAAAUGUAUAAUUACACGGUAACACCGGCACUAAAAUAAAGUGUAACCAGACAUUUUUUAUAAAAUCUUUGUAAAAAUGUAAAUUGCCCAUUUUUUAAUAAACAGUAUUAAAA